AUGGAUGCUCUUCCCAAGCUUUCUUCCCAGUAUCUCGAUUUCAAGAACCAUGAAGAGGGCUUGACAGAAGAUGAUUUACAAUUCAAGGCUCUUACCCUAUAUGGUGCUUCCAUUGUCAGUUCACUAUGUUAUGAGGACGAAUUUUCCCAAGCUUGGCAAGGCCAGAAGUUCCAGAGAGCGAGAGAGGCCAACAUCAUAUCGGAAAUCUUGCCUGUGGGACGUCAGACUCCCGGCCCGGCUCAAACCACGCCUCUGCUCGCGUGGUCAGUCCGCCUCCAAACAGUUUUCAUUGGCUUCAGAGGUACACAAACCGCUCAAGAUGUCAUGACCAGCAUGAACGUCGCGAAGGUUACCAGUCCGGAUCUAGCCACAAGCUUCCAUUCGGGUUUCUUCCAGCAAGCCUAUCCGUUCUCUGUGCUCGUCAAGGAGCUUGCCGACAAGUUCAGGGUCGUUGUUUGCGGUCACAGCCUCGGUGGGGCACUGGCCACCAUUGCAGCGUAUCAUGCCAUGGUUCGUUAUCAUGUUGACGCAGUUCAGAAUACGUGGGAGCGUAACUCGAUACACACGAGGAUUUCUGUAGUAACAUUUGGGGCUCCAGCCAUGAUGUUUCUCCAGACUCCAGGAACCACUGCAGAAAUGCGGAAGGAUCUGAAAAAGAACGUUCAUCACAUUAUCAACCCCGACGAUAUCGUCCCCUUUGCUGCCAACUGGCUGUUGCAUAAGAAGAACCGAGCUGUCAGUAAGACUGAGCAGAUAAUCAUGGAAUGGCUGAACACAACCAAUCCAAGUCUUGGAGUAGCUGCAUUCGCGGCUUUCAAAGUACUCGGGAUGUGGAAAGACAAUGAGAAUAAUCUCGCCCAUUACGGGUCACUAUACAGGCUCUAUCCCUACGAAGGCAACUCUGGUCGUACAAGACAAUGCACUCUUGUCACUGCAGAGGGACUCAUACCAUCAUCGCCUGUGCUAAAAUCUGAGCAUGGACUGGAGUUUCACUGCAUGGACCAUUACCACGAUUGUAUGGUCAAUACAAUCGAUUGGGUUCGAGAUUCACACAACGCCAUCUUUCCUGAGACAAAAACUUUAGAAGACUUCCGAAAGACCUGCAUGGAGCCGUUUGAGAUCACGGAUUGUGAGGGAAUAGUUCAUGAGGACAAAGUGACAAUCACGGCUAAGGUCAAGCCCUUCCUCGCUCGGUUCUUCAUCAAAUCUGUCAGCCACCGAAUGGACAAGAAUGGCCUACGAGUCUUUGUUAACCACUUUGAAUUUACGAAUACAGCAAGUGAGAAUCAGACGCAAAUCCAUAUCAGGCAAUACAUACAUCCAAACGAGUCCAUCAAAACCUUCACUGAAAUGGCAGAUGCCAUGCAGAGCUUGCGAAUCCGGACUUCCUUCAACAAAACGGUACAAAUUCAUGUGAAAGAGAUGAAGCAUGUAUCCAUGCAAGACGUCAGUUUAACAACAACAUUCGAAAGUAUCCGGCACGCCAUGAUAGUCGCGCUGGCUGAUCAGAUGGAGAAGGUAUACGGACUUAAAUCAGAGACUCAGACGAAGGGCACGGAGGAAGGCUCUUCAGUCGACGUGGAGCGUUUGGAGGAAUCUAGAAGACUAACACGAAAGGCCGAUGAUAUUGCCAAGUCGAUUGAUAUGCUGGUUGCCCAUUCAAGCCCACACCUCGUAAAAGCUAAACUUCAAGAUGCUACCCAAAUUGUUAACCAGUGUUGGAGGACGGAAGUACAACAUGCACGAAGCAUGGAUGAGAAGACAAGAACUGGAGCCUACAUAUCUGAAACCUCGGCACUGAAAAUGGCCGAAAACAGCGAUCUUAUCCCAGAUGACUGUUCCGAGGAGCUGCGAGGGUUGAUUACCAGAAUGCAUGAAGACUUCAAGGCCGCCAACAUACGAAGCCCUUACACCGAAGAAACAUGGACGAAUCAGGGGCAGCCAAAGAUGUCUACGCAGUGCAGGGACAUACCCUCUCUUACCGACACGCUCCGAGACUUUGGGUCUCGACUUUAUACACGUACGCACAUCACCGACCCCGAUAAGCGUAUCGAACGUGCAAUUAAAGAAGUUGGGGAAGUUUUGGCCGUUAUGCGAUUUUGCCACAUCAUCAUCAUCACCCAACUGGAUGCGCCGGAUGGGUGGUGUUUCAAGGUGUUCAAGGAACACGUUAUGAAGGGAGUGGGAAUGGUGGCCAGCCUUGCCACCGGAGCUUAUACGCUUUACACAACCGCAGGUUCCGUUUGGUCUAUGUAUGCCAUGCCUAGUAUCGCUCUGGCGACAGGGUGGGCGGCCUUUGCAGGCGCUGUGGGGGUUGCCGCAGGCUUCAUAUCCUGUAGCAUGUCAGCUGUUGCAGUCGAACAAUUGCCUCACGGCCCACGUCAUGAGCAAGAAAUGAGUUUCAAUCCUCUCCUCAGUAUGACCAUCGCGGCCUUGGGGGGUAACCCACAUUCUUCUGGCAAUCCCGAGGCUUCCCUGACAGCGCUACUGGAGCAACAGUCCUCGAAGCUAGAAGACUUCGAGUACUGGAAAAAACGGCUUGAGGAAGGAACACGGAAUGAUCGUAGUGGUCUGAAAUACGUACCUACGUUGUUCUGGGCUAAAUGGAUGCACGAUGUAGCCAGAGUUGGGCAAUUGAGAACUCUUGUCUCUAAACGAUUGUAUAUUGGCAUUGAGGGACCCACGGGGGUGGGCAAAAGCUCCCUCUUGACCACUCUUAUAGGUGAAAAUGUGUUUGGGGCAGGCUCCGGAAUCAGCAACCGUACAAUGGAUCUUCAGUCAUACUCGCCGCCCAGUCUCAAGGCGGUGUUCAACGAUGUUCCUGGCUGCGACGAUGAAGCACCACAUAUCAGGGAGAUGGCUCGGUUAUUUCGAGAAAUGAUGGGCAUCAUCAUCUUUGUGAUCCCUUCCGAAAAUGUCCGAUCGGAAUCGACGAACACUCUCUUAAAAGGGAUUGCGCAAUUCAUCCGCCAGCGCGAAAGGCCACGCCCAUUUCGUGUCCUCCUUAAUCGAGUAGACGGAAACAUCGACGAAGAAUAUCCAAAUGAGGUCAAAAAACAGAUGAUUGAGCUGAAGAAGGUGGUUGUGGCCAAAAUCAAGGAAUUCGGACCGUUCCCUGAAAACUACGUGAUUCAAACGCGCCAGGCUAUCCCCGGAGGCAUAAAACUCGGGUUUGAGACAAUCGAAGAUGUCGUGUAUCCGUUUUCCACUUAUGCACAGAUGAGUCGGCAAUACAAAAAGACUUUAUCUGACUGCGACAGCAACGUAAGGCGAUACAUCAAAGACCAGGACAAAUUCGCGUUGCUCUUCCAACUCGCUGAAUCGAAUACGAUAUGGGAUAUCGAGUCACUGCGUGGGUGGCUUCGCGGCCUUGCACCCGACAGCGUGCCGAAAAACACGGGUCGUGUGCCUCCGUGA